GUUCCAUCUCCUGUGCUCUAAUUGGUAUAUGUUACAGUUUCAGAGCCAGAAACCGAGCUUCUUGCAGACACUUUAACUCAUCUGGAAACAUCCAUGGAUGGAAACCUCUAGUCCCCGCCAUACAACCUUAGACUUCAGGCCUGAACAGGACCCUAGAGGGCCAGUCACGGCGCUAGAAUUGGAUACCAGGCGUCAAGCUGGUCCAAACUUUUAUCUUCCCUUUCUCGAGAUCAGUCCAAAAGACCAAACUCAGCACGUACAUCACCAGUUUUCUGUAAUUCUAUCUAUCUAAAUCUGCAUCUUCUGUACUAUCAAGCCAAUUCCCCAAGUGUAUUAGUCUUCAAGAACCUUAGCUGUUGCAAAGCUCCCCCUCCCCCGCCCCACUGUGGCCAUAGCCACCACGGUGACCUCAUGGCCUAGCGGGCUCUCUAGUUACAACUGCAACAGCCAAAACAGUGAGAGGAAGCUCUCAGGAUCACUUCACGUGAUCGCCUUUCGAUCAUUUGCUCCACUCUUUUACUCUUUCUACACGCUUCGAUUGGCUUCAACGGCCCACGCUAACGCUUUGCCCCUCCAGCUUCCUCAAAAUGAGACCCUCCCUCUUCAAGCCCCUCCUACCCCGCCAUAACUGCUUCUCUGCAGCGAGAACUUCUUCUUCUCUUCCUCAACUCUCCAACACAAUCAAAUCCGUUAGAUUCUUCUCAGCUUCAUCCGCAGUUAUGGGUAACAAGGUUUUCUUCGAUAUUGAGUGGGAGGGCCCCGUCUUCCAGAACGGCAAGCCUACCUCCACCGUUCAGAGCCAGCGUGGUCGCAUUAACUUCAAUCUCUACGACAAGGAGGUCCCCAAGACCGCUGAGAACUUCCGUGCUCUCUGCACUGGCGAGAAGGGUUUCGGCUACAAGGGUUCUUCUUUCCACCGAAUCAUCCCCGACUUCAUGCUCCAGGGUGGUGACUUCACCCGUGGUAACGGCACUGGUGGCAAGUCCAUCUAUGGUGAGAAGUUCGCCGACGAGAACUUCAAGCUCACCCACGACCGCCCCGGUCUGCUGUCCAUGGCCAACGCUGGUCCCAACACCAACGGUUCUCAGUUCUUCAUCACCACUGUCGUUACUUCUUGGCUCAACGGUCGCCACGUCGUUUUCGGCGAGGUCGCUGAUGAGGAGUCCAUGAACGUCGUCAAGGCUCUUGAGGCUACCGGCUCCGGCAGCGGUGCUGUCAAGUACCAGAAGCGUGCCACCAUUGUCGACUCUGGUGAGCUGUAAAAAGCUCCUACUAAGGACAAGACAAAGGGAUGGGAUUUGGGAGCACAUUACAAAACUGAAUGAGGACUAGCAGUAAAUAGCUGGAUUUUCGCAAGCUGGCAUAAAAGACUAGCUUAGCUGAUGAGCAAUGUCAACCACUUAACCCCACACGCAUUAUCAUUUGACACUAUCAUGAUGUGAAUGAUUGAUUCUUGAAAUACCGCUUGACAGCUCAUUCCUCUACUUGGUAAAAAUUGAUUGAUGAUCGCUGCGACCAUUGCGCUUGGCUGCAUUCUAAAUGGCCUUCGCUUGUCCUUCUACGCCUUUGCUGUUAUCCCUAUAAACAAAAAGCCUUCUUCCAGACCAUAACUCCGUUCUCCGUCAGAAAAAUGCAGGUAUCAAUGACCCAUACUUAUCGUAUCGGCAUGCAAAAUCUGCACUCAUGCUCUAUUCAACGCCCAACCACCUUUUGAAAUAUUCACAGUUAUUGGGGCCUACAGGACCGCCCUCUUCGCAGAUCUCGAACACGGGACAACGUCCACAGGGAGCUUCGGUGAAGGCACUGAUGAUAGGCUCGGGACCGCCUUCACGGCCUGUAGGAUCAUCUCGACCAGCCCAGCUUUCUAAAGACUGCUUGGCGAUGCGAGAUACGCGGUAGCCAAUCUUUCCAGCAACUUUGACCGACUCGAUGAGGUUGUCCCAGACAAGUACGUCGACAAGCUUCUGUACGUCGUGCUCAGAAAGGAUGGUGUUAUGGGUAAUGCCGCUUGAGGAGAGGAGACGAGCGAUGUCGCGUACGGUCGGAUAGCCUGUGUAUCCAGCAGGCAGAGGAAGUAGGGCGUCCUUUUUGACGGCCGCCGUAGGAGAUAUCUUGGUGGCUUUCGCUGGGGGCUCAUCUAUGUGACUAGCAUCUCUCUUCUUGCCCCUUUCCACGCCACCUUUCACGACACCUUUCUUGGGAACUUGCGUCCGCGCAGCACCUCCCCCGUGUGUGCUGUGAUAGCUGCUCUGACGCUUGAUAAAAUCAUAUACAACUCGCUGCAGGUCUUCAAUAAAG